AUAACGCCGCAGAAGCUCAUUGGUCCAUUUUGAAUACCACGCUGUGUGGUUUCUAAUUCAAAUCAGUCUGCACAAGCAAUAGUCAGUUGGAGAAGCGCUGCAUCAGAAAGUAUCUACCUCACGACACGAGGAGUCUCACUCAGGUGAGAUCAAUUCAAAUUAUCUGCACUGUUGCUCCUGACCUGACUGCAGUGUUUUUCCACCCCUCCUGGCAGCAAUGGACGAUUAUUUGAGAAUAGAGAAAAUUGGAGAAGGUACCUAUGGGGUGGUGUACAGGGGCAGACACAAGGCUACCGGUCAAAUUGUGGCAAUGAAGAAGAUCCGUCUGGAGAGUGAGGAGGAAGGGGUUCCCAGCACUGCAGUCAGAGAGGUCUCCUUGCUUCAGGAGCUAAAGCAUCCAAAUGUUGUAAGACUCCUCGAUGUCCUGAUGCAGGAGUCCCGUCUCUAUCUUAUCUUUGAGUUCCUGUCCAUGGACCUCAAGAAAUACCUGGACUCCAUUCCUUCUGGCCAGUACAUGGACCUGAUGUUAGUCAAGAGCUACAUUUACCAGAUCUUAGAGGGUAUAUAUUUCUGUCAUUGUCGACGAGUCCUCCAUCGUGACCUGAAGCCCCAGAACCUUUUGAUUGACAACAAGGGAGUUAUCAAACUUGCUGACUUUGGACUUGCUCGGGCCUUUGGUGUUCCUGUCAGGGUUUAUACCCAUGAGGUUGUAACCCUCUGGUAUCGAGCUCCCGAGGUUCUCCUGGGUUCGCCCCGAUAUUCAACUCCUGUUGAUGUUUGGAGCACUGGCACCAUCUUUGCUGAACUCGCCACCAAGAAGCCACUGUUCCAAGGAGACUCUGAAAUAGACCAGUUGUUUAGAAUCUUCAGGACAUUGGGAACGCCAGAUAAUGUUGUUUGGCCUGAUGUAGAAAGCCUUCCUGACUACAAAAGCACUUUUCCAAAAUGGAAGCCUGGCAACCUUUCAUCAAUGGUGAAAAACCUGGAUAAGAAUGGUUUGGACCUGCUGGCGAAAAUGUUGGCCUACAAUCCUGCCAAAAGGAUCUCUGCACGGGAGGCCAUGACUCACCCUUAUUUUGAUGAUUUGGACAAAUCAACCCUACCUGCAGCCAACAUCAAGAAAAUGUGACACCUGCGUGACUUUCAAAUGUAACCACAAUGAAUACUCAUCCUGUAAAUACUUUUGUGUGAUAGUGGUAACCCUUUUCCAAGCGUUUGUCAUUAUUCUUUUCAAUAAAGCGAUGCGUAUUCUCCUCACAGAA